UUGCGUCUUAAUUUUAUUAAAUUAUCCUUCACAUGGCUGUGUUGAUUAAUGGCACAUAGUCACGAAGCAUUAAGAAUAGAAGAGAGAUUUCUUUGGCUCCAAUUACAAAACAAAAUCCAUGCAAAAAUAGCAUCAAUUAACCUUAAACUUCUCUCAUCCACAUCACUCUUCCUAAUCUCUUUAUCAUUUUCAAUUUCCUCUUCCGCCGAUCGGAGAUCUUGACAAAGGAAGGAACAAUACCUUCCUCCCUACACCACACCUUCCCCUCUACUUUUUCUUUCUUAUUGAAUUCCCAUAUUCAUGGGCAUGGCUUUCCCUUUUCCUUUUCUUCUCCUCCUCCUCCUCUUUCCCUCCUUUACUCUCUCCGAGUCCGAGCUUUCUGUCGACUACUACAAGACCUCCUGUCCUAAUUUCCAAAAUAUCAUUCGCGACACCGUCACCAACAAGCAAAUCAGCAGCCCCACCACUGCUGCCGCCACUUUACGUCUCUUCUUCCAUGAUUGCAUGGUUGACGGCUGUGACGCAUCCGUUCUCAUUUCAUCUAACGCUUUCAAUAAGGCUGAGCGAGAUGGUGAUAUCAACCAUGCCCUUCCUGGGGACGCCUUCGACGUGGUAGUCAGAGCCAAGACAGCCCUCGAACUCUCAUGCCCUAAAAUCGUUUCCUGCGCUGACAUCCUCGCUCAGGUCACCCGCGACCUCGUCAUCAUGGUUGGAGGACCAUUCUAUACUGUUCAUCUAGGGCGGAAGGACGGGCUAAUCUCUAAGGCCUCUCAUGCAGAAGAAAGUCUCCCUAGAACCAACAUGACCAUGGAUCAGAUGCUGGAUUUGUUUAAGUUGAGAGGAUUCACCGCCAGGGAAUUUGUUGCAUUGAUGGGUGGUCACACCAUCGGAUUCUCGCACUGCAAGGAGUUCGCUGACAGGCUUUACCAUUUCAGCAAGACCACCCCAACAGACCCUGAUUUCAACCCAAAGUAUGCCGCUGCAUUGAAGACUUUCUGCGCUAAUUACACCAAAGAUUCAACCAUGUCCGCCUUCAACGAUGUGCUUACACCUGGCAAGUUCGAUAACAUGUAUUACCAGAACUUACCUAGAGGGCUAGGGCUGUUAAUAACCGAUAGUUUGCUAUUUAAGGACCCCAGGACUAAGCCCUUUGUAGAGAUUUACGCACAGGACCAAUCGGCAUUCUUCUCGGACUUUUCUCAUGCAAUGGAGAAGCUUAGCCUUCUUGAUAUCAAGACUGGGAGUCAGGGGGAGGUCAGGAACAGGUGCGAUCAGUUCAAUUCGAUUAAGGCUUAGACUUAUAUAUAUAUAUUCCCCUUUUUUGAUGUGAAGCAUGAGAAAUGAAAAUGGGAUUUCUAUUAAUUUCUAUCCUUUUUCUCUUGUAGUUUGAUUGAUCUUUGAGUUCUUGUUGCAGCCCCAAGGAUUAUGAUUAUGGGAAAUUAGGAAUUUGUGUGCCGUUUUGUCAUUUUCAAUUUAAGAAGGAAUUUUAUGUUAUUUAUAUUAAUUAAAAUUAGCAAAUUUACAUUAAUUAUUUAGAAUUUUGUAGGAAAUGGUUCCAUGACAU